CUCUCCCUCCCCCUCCCUCACUCACUCACUUAAAAAGAAGGGUGAUCCCCCUUGAUCCUCCCUGUGUGCUCACUCACACAACAUAACCAACCAUAUUCUCCCUCCUCCUCCAUAAUCACUCACAUCUCUCUCAUGUGAAAGCUAGCUAGCUAGCUAGCCAACUCAACAAGAAAGAGCAUCGAUCGUAACUUGAUUAUGGCUUCACCAUCUGAUCUUAGCUUGGAUUACAAGCCCAACAACUAUCCGAUAAUCCAAAAGCCGGUCGGAGAGCACCCCAACCAGACGCAGAAGAUUCAGGAGUUCCUCGCCCGCCUUGAAGAGGAGCGGCUUAAGAUCGAAGCGUUCAAGCGCGAGCUCCCUCUCUGUUUGCAGCUCCUCAACAAUGCCGUGGAGGCAUACAGGCAACAAUUGGAAGCAUAUCAAACCAGCCAGGGGCCGAGGCCAGUUCUCGAAGAAUUCAUACCUGUCAAGCAGAUGAGCGUCGACGGGCUCGAGACGCCAAACGGGCCUUCGUCCGAGAAGGCUAGCUGGAUGAUCUCGGCCCAACUGUGGAGCAAUCCAGCAGAGAGCAAGCCGCAGCAAGCACCGAAGGGUGGCGGUGACGUCAGCCCUAAGCUGGGGCUGCUCGAUGCCAAGCAGCGGAACGGCGGUGGUGGUGCUUUCCUCCCUUUCUCCAAGGAGAAGGCAAAAGGCGGUGGUGGUGUGACGCCGAGGGGGCUUCCGGAGUUGGCUCUCGCUUCGGCGGACAAGGGGGAGGAGGAGAAGAAGGGCGGCGUUGCGGUGAUGGAGAAUGGAGGGUUCGGAGGGAGGAGAGAGAACGGAGGAAAAGGUGUAGGAACGGAGCAAGCGAAAGGAGGAAACGUGGCCGAGGGGGCGGCGGCAGCAGCUGCAGUUGCGCCACCCCCGCAAACUCAUCGGAAGGCUCGGCGGUGCUGGUCGCCGGACUUGCACCGCCGGUUUGUUAAUGCCCUUCAGAUGCUCGGUGGUUCUCAAGUGGCCACACCAAAGCAGAUAAGAGAGCUCAUGAAGGUUGAUGGAUUGACCAAUGAUGAGGUGAAAAGUCAUUUGCAGAAAUAUAGGCUCCACACUCGGCGGCCGAUCCCGGCACCACCGGCAUCGGCGGCAGCAGCGCCGCAACUGGUGGUGCUCGGAGGCAUCUGGGUCCCACCGGAGUACGCCACAACAGCUGCCGGUCCUGCCAUCUACGGCGCGCACCCGGGCCCCGCCCACUACUGCACAGCGCCCGUGCCGCAGGACUUCUACCCGACCGCCACCGGAGUGGCGCCGCUGCCCCACCACCAAAUCCACCCGGCCCUCCACCGCAGCGCCGCCACCGCUACUGUCUCCGCCGUCCCCACCGCCUACAGGGGCCAUCGCGGGUCCCCCGAGUCCGACAUGAGGAGCGGCGGGGAGCAGUCGAUGGAAAGCAUCGAGGACGAGGAGGAGGAGGAGGAGGAGGAGGGGGGGGAGCAGAGAGCAGCAGAAGAGGAAGGGGACGAGGGAGUGGCGGUGGAAGAGGCGAUGAAGGCGGGGGAAGGCGACGGCGGCGACGACGUGGCUCUCAAGUUCUGAAGCUUCAAUUGUUUCUACUUUUCGGUAGUUUUGAUGUUGAGGUUUUUGGAGGUAGGCGUGCUUCUUCCGUACGUUCCCAUUGCGGAGAUUAGAAACCGAGAGAGAAAGGCGAAAGAGAUUGUGCAUGGUGUUAUAAAUUGUUUGUAUUUAGUGGUUAGCUAUAAGGACUUUUGUUAUGUUAAUUAAUUAUACUCUCCUGAUCAUUGCUCUUCCCA